CCUCACUGCAUUGUCACACGCGGCAACACUCGGCCGACUCUCCUUCACUCUCCCAUUAGUUUCGCUCGCCUUCCUCCUUCACGGUAUAGCCUAAAGGCUAUAAUCAAUAAACACAUACCAACAGAGAGAUGGAGAAGAAAAUACUCGAUGUCAUUCUCGUCCCUUCCGGUUUACUGGUCCUGCUGUCCUACCACCUCUGGCUCCUCCUUCGAAUCAUCAACAAUCCCACUAAGACCGUUGUCGGCGUCAAUGCCAUCAAUCGCCGUUUCUGGGUUCAAGCAAUGAUGGAGGACGUGUCGAGGAAUGGAGUUCUAGCUGUUCAAUCUCUGAGGAACAACAUAAUGGCGUCGACUCUUGUAGCAUCGAUGGCGAUAAUGCUGAGUUCGCUCAUCGCCGUCUUGAUGAGCCAUAGUGGGGAAGAGGAGAGGAAAGUGAUGGUGGUGUACGGGGACAGAAGCGACCUGUGUCUGACGAUAAAGUUCUUCGCGAUAUUGGUAUGCUUCAUGGUGGCCUUUCUGAUGAAUGUUCAGUCCAUAAGGUACUACAGCCACGCGAGCAUCCUCAUCAACGUUCCAUUCAAGAAGGUGUGCCCGAAUAUUCGGCACCAGAUCCUCACGUCAGACUACGUCGCCACCACCGUUAACAGAGGAAGCUAUUUUUGGUCUCUGGGUUUGCGUGCCUUUUACUUCUCUUUUCCGAUGUUUCUGUGGCUUUUUGGACCCAUUCCCAUGUUCAUCUCUUGCUUCGUCCUCGUUUUCAUGCUCUAUUUCUUGGAUCUCACGUUUGAGCAUGGCUGGGCUGCCGUGUCUGCCAUUGAACCUGAUCAAAAUCGUAGGGAUGAGGAAGCUGCCGCGGGAAUCUCAAAUUAGAACUAGAGUCUCUCAAAAGCACGUAGUAUAUGUAGCAGUGAUAUUAAUAAAAUAGGGAAGCAUAUAUAAUAGGAGAUGGGUAUGUGUAAGGCUUCAACAUAACAGACGGUGAUUCGAAUUCAAUCCAUGUUGAAUUGAAUCACAUAUCAGCUAGCUAGACGUAAUCCACUGAAUGGUAUAAUAUUUUAGUGCUUGAUUGUGUUCUUAGAUAAUUGGAGUGAUUUAGGUUUUGCACCCACAUGGGCCUUGUCGCCAACAAGAUAGGGGUGAAAGAGAAUGAGACAGAAGAAAUGACGCGGAGAGUAGCGCCCUCGCCAUUCUCCCUUAAUGUUGCAGCUGAUGGUGCUGAGGUCAGGCUUGUUCACCUUGCAUGUUUCUUUUCUUUUUUCCUUCUUUUUUCCUGUUUCGAAACCCAUGAAUGUCGCUGCCACUGGUUUUUCUCUCGAAGAUAACCAAUAUGUCGUUUUUUAAAUAUAUAUAUAUAUAUA